CAGCAAGUUCACUCGUACAUGAUCUUCAUCUAUCAUCCUAAUUAUCGACCUAGCAUACGGCCUACUCCAAGUCAUCCGAUCGCCCGGUUCGGCCCCUAUGAUUUGCAACUAUUCCUACUAGUCGCUAUCAGCUCCAUCCGCACGAAUGAUUCAACCCGAUCAUCCGACCCAUGGAACCACUGCUUUAUCGGUCCUUGGACCAUAGUUGAGGCCAGUCGGCAGGUCGACUCGGUUUCUGUUCACGCCACUGCACAAAGCUUCCCCUGUCCAGAAAGCCAAGCACCUCACCAAGAAGCUUAGCUGAGCUUGGUAUGAAAUGACGUGUCUGCCUGCCCCUCUGCCCCUUAAUUUAUUCGCUAUGCGGUUGCUUGCCCCUGCCCAAAAGUCUGUUGCCCGCUGCUGGAUGAAAUUCGAGUCUGUCUCAGACUCCUACCUUCUAGACUCAGGAAGAGCGAUGGUAAUAUUUUCUAACGUAAUACUACUAGCAGACCCUUUUCCAGAGCUGCAUGCAAAAGCCGGAA